CCAAAUCGUUAACAACAUCGACCAUGAACAAUUUCGGUGUCAUAGAAAUCGCCAGCACUACCACUAAAACCACUCCAGGAUGGGCGUACGUGCCAGACACCGGGCCAACGCUGCCUGCCGUGGCCCAGCCCUCAAAUCGGAAACGCGCCGCCCGAAAUCAAACGGUCGUCAGCUUGUCCGAUCUCUCAGCCCGUGAGGAGACGAGGUUACGCAAGGAGCUCGACGCGCUUGACCGCGACAAUCAUAGAGAUGUCAACAUCCCAAUUCCCCCCAGGCCGGGCGGGGGUACCAGAGCCCAGAACAAGCACACACCGAACGUGCGCAAGAUCCUCCAAUCCCAAAAGACGUUUGCGAACCACCUCGACGACUACAUAGCGAUGCUCGCACUGGCUGAGAGCAACCCGGUCGCCGCCGCAGCCAUGAACGCCGCGCUGGCGAAACCAUCUACCCCGACAACCGCUACCCCAAAGAGUGCCUCCCCAGCGCCAUCGGCGUCAGCUGCGGGAACAAGCAAACGGUCAGCCGCAGCCGCCAAACGAGCAGCGGCCAAGGAGAAGCAAGAACAGGAAAGGAAAAAGGCAAAACAAACACCUAAACCCGACCCGGAGCCGGAAGCCGAGCCGCCACAACAACCAGCGCCAGCAGCGCAGCAAGACGACGACGUCGAAAUGACCGACGCAGCCGCAGCCGCAGUUCAACCCGCUGCAACCUCCAGCAACAAAGAACAAGAACCGAAGCCACAAACCUACCCUCGCGAAAGCCAGAUCCUCCCACCCUACGCAAAGCCCCCUCCACGUCCCCAUCCAGGUGACAACGACCCGCUCUUGGUCUCGGUCAUCCCACCUUUCCCUUCAGACGACGAGCUCAGGGCUCUGAUGACAUCCCCACCAUUAAACUACCUCGAGGCGCGCGCGACCUGGGGCGAGGAAGAGAGCCGGUAUCCCGUGCGCGUCUUCUGUGCCGUGUGCGGGUACUGGGGCCGGGUGAAGUGCAUGAAGUGUGGGACGAGGGUGUGCGCGCUGGAUUGUCUCGAGACGCAUCGCGAGGAGUGUAUGACCAGGUACGGACUGUAGGGCUUUUCAAGGGGUAAGAGAGAGGUGGGGCGAGGGAGGGAUGGUGUUUCGAGAGCAUACGUUACCGGUGCCUGCCGUGGUAAGACCGUAAGACCCCGGAAGACCUUAAAGAUGUUCCCCGGCACCACCUGCGGGUGAAUGCCAAGUGGGAACGGACGGGGGCAGGCGCGUCGAGGGCACCGGUGACAGCAGGGCCGAAGCCAUGAUGGCAUUCUGUGGCUACGUUACCCAUGGAAGGGAGAGUAGCAUGGUGUGUGAGGCGGAGGGAGAUAUGACCAUUCACUAAAGGAAGGAUGUUUGAUACCCAAUUUGUUGUUUGCUGAUUAGAAGACAGAAGUUUGACACUGGCGUUUUACUGAUAUGGCUUGUUAUUCUGCAAUUCCAUCUACGUCGUUGCACUCGGA